CAUAUAAAUAGCCACUGCGUAUUUCUGAGGCUGCGUUUUGCGUUUUUUCCCUAGCGUUAACUCCGGAAGUCUAUGUGCUGGCUAUUUAUUUAUGAUUAUUUAAAAAAAAUAUAAUGCCUUUUUUUGUGCGUGUAGAACAAAUGGAUUAGAACAAAAAAAAGUGUAAUUUUUUCUGUUCCUUGAUUAUUGUUCGUGGAUGAAAAUUUGUUGUAAUCUGUCAGGAAACCUACGAUUCUCAUUCCUCAUUAUCAACCUUUUAACGAAGCUCAAACAAAGCUCACAUAUCAAACAAAAAUAUUAAAAGCUCAAAAAAUAGCGUAAACAUUGUGAGCUAACAAGGCAAAAGCUAACACACAACUUCCUCCCAUCCGGUCUUGUUUAUAGUAGAAUUGGAAUAGUGUCAAAGUGUGCAAAAGUUUCUCUACUAAAAAAAAAUUAGGGACAAACAAUAGUGUCGAAGGGAGUGUGGUACACCGUAGUUAACAAAAAAAAAAAGAAAAUGUAAAGAACAAGUGGUUUUCGCGAUAUUAAAAAAAAUAAUUGCCUUAUGGUUGUUUUGACAGUCAGAAUUGCUUUUCAGCUCGUUCCAAGGGUUCAAGAGAGAAUGAAGAUAAAAUACCUCAAUACAGCUGCUCGUUUAAUGCAUAGACGCGACUCGACGGUAUGAAAAGCUAACAUAACGAGAACACCUCUAGCGAGAAGGCGGUUGUGUAACCUUUUGGAGUCAUCUUUAUUUCCAAAAUCAUGUGAACGCUUCAAAAUAUCAGAGCUUGGAAGUAAAACAAGACAGAGGGCUGGGAAUAUACCGCAAAAGGCUAUGCUAAGAAUGCUUUUAGCUUCAAAGGCCUGGCUCUUCAUUCUUGUUGGGCUCCCUGUGUUGUCCCAGGGUGUCAUCCGGGUCCUUCAGUGUUAUCGGGAGAGUUACUUCACCAGAAAAUACAACGAUCGAAUUUUGGUGGGUUACGUGAUCCAUAGACAAGUGUGUGACAACGAGAUGAGCUGUGCACGAAAGUGUUUGUCGAUUGACAGAUGCCAAUCAUUCAACUUUAAAGACACCGCUGAUCAAAAUGGUAAACACGUUUGUGAGCUCAACAGCCAAACUGCGGGCUCAAGGCCAGACGGCGUCGUCAACGAAGUUGAAUUUGGCUACUUCGAAAGCGCGGAGCGGAGUAACGAGCGUGGUUGUCAUAGUAAUCCCUGUCAGAAUGGAGGCUUGUGCCUGGACACGUGUUAUGGCAAGAUGUUCACGUGUACAUGCAAGAUGUUUUUUACAGGCGAAUACUGCGAAAAGGCUGUUGCGCAAGACUGCAAGGACAUCCUAACUCUUGGUGGGACACAAAGCGGAAUCUACCCGAUUAAUCUCGACAGCCGACCGAUCAAUCCCGAAGGGCAUCCGAUCAAUCCCGACGGCUACAGCGUACAGCAAGUCUUCUGCGACCAAUCAACAGACGGCGGCGGUUGGGUCGUCAUACAGACACGUCAAUCACCCUACAACACCAGUUUCCAUAGAAACGCGAAGGCUUACGAGGACGGCUUCGGGAAACUGAACGAGGAGUUCUGGCUGGGAAACCUGGUAAUCCAUACUCUGAGCUCGUCUUCGGCUCGAGAGCUGAGGGUUGUUCUAGAGGCAAAUGUGAGGGUUGAAUUUGGUGUGUACGCCAAGUUUCGUGUCUUUAGGAACUACUCUCUGGAUGUUGGGGGCUUUAGUGGGUCUAUUGGAGACGCCAUUAGCUCAAGUAUUAGCCAAUCAGGGAUGCUUUUCUCGACAUUUGACAAUGACAGGGAUACGGCUUUGGGUAAAAAUUGCGCGUCGUCUUCCAAGUCAGGCUGGUGGUAUAGUGAUUGCGGGCAUGCAGAUCUGAACAAGGACAACAUGCCAUUGUGGGACACUUGGGGUUUCUUUGCGCUUAUCACUAAGUGUACCAUGAUGAUGCGUUAGGCAAGCUGUCAGUCAUACAGGCCUAGGACAAGCGCGAGAGAAAUCUGUGAUUUGCCGGGCCUAAUAGUACAUCGCGCUUCUGCUUUGCCGAUUCUUAUUGGCUAUUUAUGACACAAAUACAUUGGGUUUAACGUUGAUUCAGACGUCGACUAAAUAAGUCGCGCUCAACAUGUUGCGAGCAUUAAAAAUUGAUGUGAAAUUUCUAUUGAAAAAAAUAAAAAUAAAUUCACAUAAAAAGCUCGACGUUUGAAUCGGUCGUGCCAAUCCAAAAAAUUAAUUCGGCACGCGGCAGAAGCGCGAGGUAUGAAUCUACCAAACACAGGGAAACACUUAUCUAGAUUCUUCUAAAUUUAAUAAAUUUUAAAAUUGUAGUGAUUUCACGGAAAGUUAAGCAUUGCUAAUAUAUUUGACACUUGACGGUUAAUAGACCAUGUCUGUGAUGCUUUAACAAAAAAUAGAGACCUCGAUUUUUUCUCGUUCCGACUUAACUACAAAUGUAAUUGACAAAGUUCGACAUUUAUUUUACGCUGUUAUUUAUCUGUUUACUUUGCUCAAUGUUGUCGAAAUCGUAAAUAAUCAUUAGUACAUUAGCACCAA